GAGUGAAGCGGCAUUAUGUCUGGCAGAGGGAAAGGAGGCAAAGGACUGGGCAAAGGCGGAGCCAAGCGGCACCGUAAAGUGCUCCGUGAUAACAUCCAGGGCAUCACCAAACCGGCCAUCCGCCGUCUGGCUCGGCGUGGCGGCGUCAAGCGGAUCUCGGGUCUGAUCUACGAAGAGACCCGCGGGGUGCUGAAGGUUUUCCUGGAGAAUGUGAUCCGGGAUGCGGUCACCUACACCGAGCACGCCAAGCGCAAGACGGUCACUGCCAUGGAUGUGGUGUACGCUCUGAAACGCCAGGGCCGCACUCUCUAUGGCUUCGGCGGUUGAACAAACCUUCGUUCUUCCAAACCCAAAACAAAGGCUCUUUUAAGAGCCGCCCACCAACUCACGGAGAGAGCAGUGACCGGGGAUUUAUU